AUGUCGGCUCUAGAGGACAACUCCGAAAACUACGCCCUCUUCCGGGACUGUCUAUCCACCACCCUCCUGCAACCCGCCGCCUCAUCCGCCCCCGACCCGCCCAAACGUCGCCGCCGCCGCAAGAACUCGGGGUCAGCGGCCCCAGUCUCCGCUCCGGCGGCGGACCCGGAGCGGGACGCAGAGGAGCUCUCUGAGUUUGUCGACUACCUCGCUACCGAGAUCUUUGAGAGCCUCCCGGAGGAGCUGCAGGGCUUGGACUAUCGUGUCUGGCGGGACUCGGAUCAUCUGCGUGAUCAGUACUCGCUCCCGCUCACUAAGGAGAGCCUUUCAGUUCUGAACUUGUCGCCGUCUAUUGUCGAGACUCUGACGACUUACAACCUCAUCUCACCGGAUCCCUUUGUUGCAUCUAAUCUCCCAUCAUCCCCAGAAGCCUUUCUACUUCCAAUUCUCACCUCAUACAUCACACCCUUGAUUGAACCCCCUCCCGCCACACGCAACACACGCACCGACGCCUGCGAAAUCUGUCAACGCUCAUACAUCCCACUGUCGUACCACCACCUGAUUCCUCGUUUUGUCCACGAGAAAGCCGUGAAACGUGGAUGGCACCGCCGGGAGGAUCUCCAGAACGUCGCCUGGUUAUGCGGUGCCUGCCAUCGCUUCGUUCAUCAUUUCAAGACCCACGAGGAGCUUGCUAGGGAUUAUUACACAGUAGAUUUGUUACUGGAGGAGGACGAGGUACAGCGCUGGGCUGCAUGGGUAGGGAGAUUACGGUGGAAGGGAGGAAGGAUUCGCUCGGGGAGGUGA